GCACACGCACCCUCUGCAGCCUCACGUCAUCUGCACGUUAGCCUCACCUGCAGGGCUCAGGUCUGUCUAGAGGCUGUGUGGGGGUGGGAGUGUGUCCCCUGCCCUGGCCAGGCCUGGGUUCAAGCCGCCCCGUCUCCCUAGGCUGAAGUCCUGAGACUGUGAGAUGCUCCGCGUGUGGGUCAGAUGCCUGGAAGGAGCCCCAAGGAAGGUCUCCAGGAGGAGGGAGAGGGUGGAACUGCUGCUGGCAGGUUUCAGGGAGUGGGAGCUCAGGACGGGAGGGCCUAGGCAGCCAGGACCGAGCCCUGCCCACCGUGAGUCACCUCCCAGCCUCUCUGGGACACGUUUCUGGUUUCCCAGGAAACAUCUCAUUCCUGCACGUCUGCUGUCCUGCCUCAGGGCCUGGGCUUCCUGGAGGAGGUGGCCUGUACCAGGCCUUGAAGGCGAAGCAGGGAAGGGGCUGGGAGGAGGCCGGGGCCGUGGGCCUGAGUCGUCUGUCAGAGCAGCGCAGGGUGGCUGCCUGGGGCUGGGUGUGAGAGCCAGGCCGCCAAGCACGACAUUGCCUCAGCGCUGGGGAGGCCGGGAUGCCAGGGCAGGGAGUGAGUGGGGAGGCCGGCACUGGGCAGCCGGCAUUCCAGGAAGGGCAGAGACAGGCGCAGAGGUGGAGGCUGAGCUGGCCAUGCAGGACAGACGGGUCCUCUCGUCAUGCCGGCCCUCCCCUGACGCAUGGUGACCAGCCGCACGGCAGGUCGGGGUGGGUGCGUGGCCUGCUGAGAUCUCUCUGGGUGUGGGAUGAGGGGUCAUUGCCCUGUCUGGGCAGGGACUCGAGUGCUAGCCUCCGUGUCCCUGUGUCCCUGCUUCACGGCGGCGGCCCCCUCAGAAGAUGACCCCACCCAGGUCAGCCGCAGGAACCUGUCUGGCCAGUCCUGGAGGCCAACUGCCAAGGCGGGCAGGAGGAAGGAGGGGCCCUCUUGCCUCCUGGUGGGGCUGAGUGGUCCUGGGGCCCUGCCCACCUGCCUCAUUACCCCGCUUCGCUUCGCUCCACCUGUGGUCCAGGUCACUGGACACACUGACCACACCUCCUGGAGCUUGGUGCCUCCCUGGGCUGGCUGGGGGCCACAGACGGGCACAUGCCAGCUGGGAGGUGGCACCUGAGUCCGGCGGGGUGGGGUGGGGGUCGCUGUUUGUGAGCAAGGAUCUCCACACGUGGUGCUUGAGUGCCACCUCCAGGCCAUGCAGGCUGGCUGCUGCCCCUCAAUGGGACAAAGGACAGGGCAGAACAAGGCAAGGACUGAGCUGAUGGGGAGAAGUCGCACAAAUGUGGAACUGCACAUAGCGAUGAAGCCUGCAGAGGACCCUGGGGAGGGUGUGGGCUGGGGGAAAGCGUGGAGCUGAACUGCAAGGCCAGGCCCCAGUGGGGGGUUAGCAGAGGAGCGGGUCGGGCAGUGGGGCGGGGGCACCUUAUCUGCUAUGAGUGGGUGGUGCAGUUAGAUCCAGUUUCAAGCGCUUUGUGGCUGAAAGGGGAGCCCACGCGGGCCGGCCGGCCACCUGCCUCUCUGCUGACUCCCGCUAGGCCAGUAACGCGAGCCAGGCAGGGAGCCGCAGGGCGCCCUGGGUCCCCACCCCCUUCCCCAGGCACCCAGCCUGCACUCGGUGGUGUGGAUGCAGGAUGCUGCAGCCUGAGGGCCCCCGGGCUUCAGAAGAGGGUGGGACCCGGAGGAGCGACUGCAUCAUCUGCUAUUCGGCCUAUGAUCUCUCCGGGCACCUGCCCCGCCGCCUCUACUGCGGACACACCUUCUGCCAGGCUUGCGUGCGGCGGCUGGACACGCCGGCGCACGAGCAGCGCUGGAUCCCCUGCCCGCAGUGCCGCCAGAGCACACCCACGCCUCGAGGAGGGGUGGCCAUGCUGGACCUGGACUUGGCCGCCUUCCUGGCCAUCAAGGCUGAACGAAAGCCAGCGAGAGUGGAGCCCCGGCCCCCCACGCCCCUCAAGGAUGGCACCACUGUCACUCAGCAGCCGGCUGGGCUCUGCCCCACCUUGGGCCCCCAGCCCCACUUUCCCCCGCCCAGAUGCUGCCGGGACUGUGGCAGCCUCUGCUGCCUGUCCCUGGGCAGCGGAGAGGUCUGAGCUCUGCCGCUCCCUCCCCUGCAGGGGGACCUCUGACCAUGCACGGUCUUCCCAGAGCAGCCUGGUGGCAGAGUGUCCUGGACGCAGCCCGUUGGCCCAGCGGUGCCACCCGAGCCACAGGCGUGCCCAGGCCACACUGGAAGGGCAGGGCUAUGGCCCUAGUGCCAUGAGACUCCGCUGGAGGCUGGUGACCUCCUACCUAUCCUGGCCAGGAUAGUCUGACCGUGUGUGCCCAGUGGGGACACUGCAAGCCCAGCUCAGCCCAGACGGUGUCCUAGGAGCCCGGGCUGCAGGCCCAAAGGGCAGAGCCAAGUCAAGGCUGGUCCUGAGUGGGUCAUGCCGGAGCAGGGCUCCUUUCCUACAAAAGGCCUCGGAGGCAGGCGCCAGGAGAGAGGCCAGCUCCUUCACUGAUGCCCCGCCGUCAGCCCUGUGAGGUUCAUCCACUCAACAAAGUUCAUUGCGUUCCCACCGUGUGUCAGGCGCUGUUCCGGGAGGGUCCCGUGUGGCCACAAGGCCACACAGGUGUCGGAGGAGAGGGCCAUGGGCAGGGCUGGCUCUGAUGGCACAGCCCAGUUUAACUGGCCCCGAGCCGGGCCCCUUCCCGGCUGCUGGCAGCACCCACAACAGGGACCCUCGGGGAGCCACACAGGUGGCGGAGGCUGUGGGUGCAGAGCAGCCGCACCCCAUGCCCACUCGGGAGCCCCCUGAGCAGGGGUGCAGAAUGGGAAGGGAAGAGAGAAUUUGCUGAGCAGACACUCAGAAGCUGCCUCCUUCUCUGGGGCAAAGUCCCCCACUCACAGGGCCAGCCCCUCCUCCUGGCAUCUCAGGGGCAGGAAGAGGGCUGGUCCCAGUAAGGGGCACCUCA